AAAAAGAGGGGAGAAAUGACGUUAUUUGACCAUGUGCCCAAAAUCCUUAAUGAAUAACUUAGAACGAGGAGGAGGCAAACGCUGCCCCAGCUGUUUCCUGUUGAAAAUGUCUGUGUAAUAUAGAUAAAUGUGAGGGAUUUUCUCUCUAAAUCCGUCUCCUGUUCGCUAAAUCUCACUUCUCCAAAACGAGCCUGCGCAAUGGAACAAAGUGGGAAUAUUGAGAUGUGACAUUGCCCCGCAUCUCGUCCUCUUUCUUGCCCCGAUUUCUUUUUUUUAAUGACUUCAAACAAGUUGCUCAUUUUCGCCGGGCUUCUUUGUCUUUUUGCGGAGAUCCGCGGUGAUGUCUAGUGCUGCUUCCUCUCAGUGGCAUUUAUGUGAUGUCCUCAAGGGUGCGAUGUGCUGUAUCUCCUGUAGCCACACCCUCUCACUACUGCUGUGCAUCCUCACCCUGACUCCUACAGCAACAGGGGCGGGCCCGGAGACCCUAUGCGGGGCGGAGCUGGUCGACACGCUGCAGUUUGUCUGUGGAGAGAGGGGCUUUUAUUUCAAUAAGCCAACAGGCUAUGGUCCCAGUGCAAGGCGGUCGCACGGCAUCGUGGAUGAGUGCUGCUUCCAGAGCUGUGAGCUGCGGCGCCUGGAGAUGUACUGCGCACCUGCAAAAACCAGCAAGCAGUCUCGUUCUGUACGUGCACAGCGCCACAUAGAUGUGCCGAGAACUGCCAAGGUCAGUAACCCGGGACAUAAAGUGGACAAGGGCACAGAGCGCAGGACGGCACCGCAGCCAGACAAGACAAAAAACAAGAAGAGACCUUCAUCCGGACAUAGUCACUCAUCCUUUAAGGAGGUCCAUCCAAAAAACUCAAGUCGAGGCAGCUCCGGGGGCAAAACUUACCGAAUGUAGGGAAGCAGGAAGCGAAAGAGAGAAGGGAGUGGCCUUACCUGGUACCCCUUUGGAACGGUUCACUGGUUCACUGUAAAACAAAACGAAAGGAUGCUAAAAAUGGCAGAAAAGCUUAAAAAAAAAAAAAAAAAGAAGUUGUGUUUAAAGGCUGGAUGAGGGUACUUGUGAUCACCUCAUUCCUUAUGAGGAGGAAUUCUUUAACUCAUUGUAAAAGACUAGUUUAGCUGCUAAGACACAGUACGAGCUUGCAAUUCCCUUCAUAUUUAAGCUGCAAUAGCCCUCUUUCCUUUGGCUCCAGAAAGGGUGGGAACAUCACCCAGACAGGAAUGAGUGGUCACAUCCAUUUCACUCUUCACAGUCACAUAACAGUUUAAUAUCCCUGUUGAAAUUCAGAGUUUGUUUUAAUGCACUAUAAAUUUACUGUGGAUAUGUUGAUCAUCUUAAAGACCAGGACCAUGUGGUUUAUUGUUAUACAUUUAAACAAUGCUGUUGGUAAUUUCACCCUGAGGCUGACUUAAAUCCCUGUUAUGUGGAGUGGCUAGGGGGUUUGAGAGCAAUCCAUUUCCUUUUUAAGCCCCACUAAGUUUUCAGGACUGGAUCCAUAAUACGCACGCUUUAGGUAAUUUGUAGGUUUCAUUCAAAAAAAAUAAAAUAAAGAGCUUUAGUUUUUUUCUGAUUUCUAAAGCACAGAGAUUUGAUUUUACUUGUCAGCUCCCUUGUUUGGUUUUUUUUAAGAAAUAGGUCAGUGGAUUCAAAGUUCAUCUGGCAUAAAUGAGCAGAUUAAUCAAACAGUGACCACCAGACAAUAUGUUUGUCGUCUGUGUGCUUUUCGCUGGUCACAACCUUUGAGAGAUUGCAAAACAUUUACUUCUUACUAAUCAGGAAUUUUCAGUCCGUUUUUUUUUUUAACAUGCAUUUCUAAAGGGUUAUUUAAGGAAUUGUUUUUAAAUGAGCAAAGAUGAAAACAAAAAAGUGAAGUUAACAAUAGAAUUUUCUAAAUUAUGAGGAGUUUAUGUUAUAGAUCGGCACCAAAUAGCUCAUGAUUGUGCAUUAGAAGAAGAUUCCUGUUCAACAUUUUUACAUAAAAAGUUUUAGUGUGCAUUGUGAUGAGUCCUUCACUACUUUAAAAAAUCUUUAGGUUUAUGUCUCCAACAGGUUUGCAUGUCUACAGGAUAAAACCAUCCUUCAUUCUUCGUUGCAAAACAGGUUUAUCCAAAAUUGGAUGGAAAAUCCUUGUGGAUUUUCUCCUUUUUAAUACCUUAGGGCUGUAAUAAAGCCCUUCUAGUUGAUCCAACCAUUUCAAACUAGCUCCAGCUUUAUUCUUUGCUCUGCUUUUAGCUAUAUUCUUGUUCCCGGUUCCCUGACCCUACAAAACAAAAGCAUCCAACAGUACGAGGCUUCUACCAUCAUGUAUCCUGGUGGAGAUGGUGAAUCCAAGAAAUAGGGAGCAUUUUUCUUCCACAUCGAGCAAAAAAGUUCAAAUUCAGUCUCUUAUCAUUUCAUCGUCCUCAACCUGUUUGCUUAAUUUCUUGUUUGGCUUCUGACAAACAUAAACAAAACUUUUGGAGGGGUUCUUUCAAUGAUGUUCAUCAUACAUUUAAAAAAUAAAAUAAAAGGGAAAUAUGUGUGGUUUAGCUGUGAAUCUCUGCAGCUCCUCCUGGAGCAUUUCCAUUCUGGUCAGUAUUUGUGGGAACAUUUUAUUUAGAGGAAUCAGGCCAGAAGGGACUGAUCACUCAUACAAACCAUAAUUUUAAAAUAUAUAUUUUUUUUUUUACCCACUUCUCAAUUUUGAGCUGUUACGUGUUAUUUUUUAUUACUUAAAUUCCUAUUAGAAUAACCGCAGAGAUAUUUUUUUUUCUUACAUAACAAAAUGUUGACAUUUUUUGUGGAGAUAUUGAUUCAUUUCAGGCACAGAAACGUUUGUUCAGUCGAUUAUCAUUACCUGAACUCUUAUUAUUC